AAAAAGGCGGUUAAAAACACAUUGGAUUCCAGUUGAAGGAAUUAAUUAUUAAGAAAAGUUCAAUAUAAAUUUAAGGCAUAGAAAUGGACGGAAACAACAUGAAAGUUGCUGAUACGCAACCGAUGGAUUCGCAAUUAACUCAAUCUCAGCAAUAUUAUACUUGUGAGGAUUAUGACAGCAAUUGGGCAACUCUUAAAGACGUGAAUGGUGAUUAUUUCUUAUUAAAAGCUGAAAAGACAUAUUUUGGACGUGAGCCGUAUGCAAAUAAAGACAUGAAAGACGAAAAUUAUAUUUUUGACGAUAAAAAGAUGAAAAGAUCUGUUUACGAUCGAAUCUCCAAGAAUCAUUUUAUUAUUGAACGCAAAAAGGAACCAGAUAGUAAGAAAGAUUGUGAGCCAGCAGUCAUAACAUGCACAGGACGAAAUGGAAUCUAUGUUGGAAAGAGCAGCAAGAUGAAACCAGAAGAUAAACGGAUUAUAAAGGAUGGCGACUGGAUCUUUUUAUCGCCGGGUGUUAAACUAUUCCAAUUUACGUAUACUAAGUGUGAGGAAGGGAAUAUCGAAAAGAGCUGUGAAAUACACUCAGGAUUCUAUAUUGGCGAGGUCGUUGGCACAGGCGCAUGUGGUCAAGUACGUAAACUUUAUGGCUUAAUUCCCUCAACUGGCGAGAAUAACACAACCAUAUUCAAUGUCUAUGCUGUAAAGUGUGUCAACAAACCAAAGGAAUCACUUUCAAAAGAUACAGAAGAAGCAUACAAUGCGCUCUUAAAUGAAGUGACAAUUAUGGAGAAAAUCAAUCAUGCUCAUGUUUUAAGUCUAUUCAAAGUUUAUGAAAGUACACAACAACUACUUCUCGUGUUUCCGUUCAUGAAAGGCGGUGACUUGCUUUCAAAAAUCAUUCAACAACCACAUAAAUGCUUAAGUGAAGAUGAUGCAAAGUAUUUCUUUCUUCAACUGAUUUCCGGAUUAAAAUAUUUGCACUCCAAAGGAGUUACACAUCGUGACAUUAAGCCUGAAAAUAUUUUAUUGAGCGAUCGUACUGAUUCGCCGUUGCUGUCGAUUGCUGAUUUUGGAUUGAGCAAAAUGAAUGAUACAAUGAAGACUCAAUGUGGAACUGAAGUUUAUGUUGCGCCUGAAAUUCUCAAGAAACGUUCACAUUACACAAAUGCAGUCGAUAUCUGGUCGUCAGGAGUAUUUCUUUACGCUAUGCUAACAGGAAGAAUGCCAUUCACAAAAACUCACCAUCAAUCGUUGCGCGAUCAUAUUUUAAGCGGAAAAUAUGAAUUUCUACCGCCACACAUCUGGAAUCGGAUGCCGACCGCAAAAAAUAUCAUAAAUUUUAUGCUGCAAGUAAAUGCAAAGAACAGAAUGACAGCCCAUCAACUUCUUGACCAUCGAUGGCUCAAAGACGAAAAAGUUCGUCAACGAUUGGAGCGUGCUUAUGGCGCUAAUAAUGUUAAUAUUAUAGACUAUAUGGAUGAUGGAACAGAUGAAUUAGAAAAGACAUUAGUUAAUGUGAGCAUCCAUGAAGAUGAAAAUCCACCGAAGCGUCAAAGACUUCGUUAAAAAAUUUGACAACACGCAGUGAUUAUAAAAAUAUGCCGUACCUGAGUAUUAAUUAUUAAUUUUUUAAGAAAAAGUGAUCUCCAAAUGAUUAGUUAUUUGAAACUAUCAAAAAGACAAAAUCUACGUAUGUAAUAACUAGAUCUACAUAGUUUUGAACACAAAAUUCUAAAUUUUAAGACACCAAAGUGCAAAUGAUCAAAGAAAAUUGAUGAAAAAAAAAAUUUGAUUAGAAAAUUAAGUAUGCCUUUUGUACAAAAUCUAAGAAAAAGAUUAAUACCUUAAAGAAGCAUUAAUAUUGAUACAAAGCUGUAAGUCAGAUUGUUGUAUUGUUAUCGAGACAGUAUCAUUAUUGAUGAUCAGAUGUAUUUUUAG